AAAAAACGAGUCUGUGUUUCGUCAUGUUCUUUUCCCUUUUUUUUUCCCUGCUUUUUUGGUUUAGUUCCCGACUGGGGGAUUGGGAGGGGGUCAAGGGACGUAGGAGGUCCCCCCCCCCCCCCACCGCGCACUUGUUCGUUGAAUCCUCCCCCUUCUUUUCUGUUCACCUGUGUUUUCUUUCCGUGUAUCAUUCUUUUGUGUUUUUGUGUUCCCCCCCCGCACCCCACCCGAAGUGGAAAUGAUGUUCUGUUCGGUUUUCUUUUAGUUUCGGGCUUGCGUUCUGAAUAUGCCUCAUAUUGCAAGCCCCCCCUCUCUCCUUUUUCUGUACGUGUUAUGAAAUCGGGAAUAUGGCCUCAUGUUACAAACGGGA